UGCACAGCCAGGCUCGAAUUCAAAUAAGGUACACACGAUAUCUAAGACUUCGGCGUAGUUCCCUCUACAGACUUAUCAUGAAUCGAGCAACCUGCACUAUGCUGUUUUUGCUGGUCGGACUGGUCAUGACAGUCAACCUCUUGGCCUUGAUGUACACCAAGGGCUCGCAUAUCCGAACAAGACUCUCAAAAGUUGGCAUCGAUAAACUUCGUCAGGCCAUGGGGAUUACUUCAGAUGGCAACGGUCCAAUCACAAACGAUAUAAACAAUUACGAAGUGCGCAUGCCCAUAGUGUACACGCAGUAUGACCUUGAAAAUGUGACAAUAACGCCCUUGAAGUCUCCUCGAAUUCCUUGGAUUAUUCACCAGACAUGGAAAGACUCCGUCAUCCCUGCGUCUUAUGUCGAAAUGGUGAAAAGCUGGCGUAAGACACAUCCUGAUUGGCAGUAUUGGUACUGGACGGACUCCGCUGCCCGGGAAUUUCUCAAACAAAAGUAUCCACGAUUCUUGCCGAUCUUUGACGGAUACUCACGAAAUAUCCACCGUGCUGACGUCAUCAGAUAUUUCAUCCUGUACGAAUAUGGCGGAUGGUAUGCCGACCUUGACGUUGAGGCUUUGAAACCUUUAACAAAUUUCACCUUUGCUCAUAAUUGCAUUCUAAGCCAUGAGCCUAUGCUGCAUACGAUAUUCGUCUGGAGGCGAGAGAGGCUUGCUUGCAAUGCGCUCAUGGCGUGCAGGCCCCACCACCCCUUCAUGAAGCGCGUCAUAGACAAACUCCCGGAAUAUUUCAUAAGUGAUAAAGUAAAAGACCCUGUCAUUGGGAAAACUGGCCCCGUCAUGCUGGAUAACAUUCUAACAGAAUAUCGCACGACGGUUAAAAAUUACACGAAUGCGGACACCGUAUAUUUAGCUCCCCCUGACAUCUUCCUUCCAACUAUGGACCCCAUCCAAGUCAAAUCCAUCAGAACGAUAUGCAGCAAUGAUAAUAAAGUCAAACAGUGGGAAAAUAAGUUUAAAAUGAGGGAGAACAUCCUGAAAGAGUUAUGUGCAUUUAUGGACGCGGGUGAUCGAUAUCGGAAUAAACCAUUGACCAUUUCUUACACGGAUCAUCACUGGAUGCACGGCAAUGGCGGAAACCCUAAAAAAGCCAAACACGUUUAUGACAUCAUUGACAAUAUAGUUAAUGCGCAUCUUAUGUUAGCGGAUAAGAAACGUAGUUGAGGUAACAGAAAAGUUACGUAACUUGAAAUGAAUGUACUUAUAAUGAAGCUGGACGAUGGCCUGUACGUCGGUACCUCAAAAAAGCCUGUGGUACAGUCAGUGGUAUUAACAGGGAAGGUUACUGAUAUACUGCUGACUUGGUGAUCAUAAAACACAAUACUGUUUGCAGCCCACCAUGAAUCAGAGGGUAUUUCAACGAAAUAAAACUAGCUUUACCAAGAUUAUACGUAACAUAGUGUCAAUAGGAAUUAGGUUGUUGUGAACGCAAUGAAAUGGGUUUGACUCCGUCAUCAUUCGACAGACAGAACCCAUUGUGGAAAUUAUCCUUUCAUAAGCUGCCGGCCGGAGUCCAUUAUAUUCAGCUAAGCCUCAUUUAAAUGAUUACUUCAGUAUGUUACGUCGUGAUCUGGAUAAAGGUUUUAUUUCUCGAAAAUACCCUUCGAUUGUUCAUAACAAUGGUGGCCCAUUGUAGAAGUUAUCCUUUCAUGAGCUGCCGGCUGGAGUCUAAUCCAUUUCAUUAUAUUCAGCUAAGCCUCAUUUAAAUGAUUACUUCAGUAUGUUACGUCGUGAUCCGGAUAAAGAUUUUAUUUCUCGAAGAUACCCUUCGAUUGUUCAUAACAAUGGUGGCCCAUUGUAGAAAUUGGAGUCCAACCCAAUUCAUUGUAUUCACCAGACCUCUAUUCAAAUGAUUACAGUAGUACAUUUAUGUUACGUCGUAAUAUUCUGGGUAAAGAAUUCAUUUCUUGGAAAUACCCUUUGAUUGUACAUAACAAUGGUGGCCAAUUGUAGUAAUUAUCCAUUCAUCAGCGGCCGGAGUCCAACCCAAUUUCAUUGUAUUCACCAGACCCUCAUUUAAAUGACUACAGUAGUACAUUUAUGUUACGUCGUAAUAUUCUGGGUAAAGAAUUUAUUUCUUGGAAAUACCCUUUGAUUGUACAUAACAAUGGUGGCCCAUCGUAGAAAUUAUCCAUUUAUCAGCGGCCGGAGUCCAACCCAAUUUCAUUGUAUUCACCAGAUCAUCAUUUAAACGAUUACAGUAGUACAUUUAUGUUACGUCGUAAUAUUCUGGGUAUAUUUUGAUAAAGGCCCUGAUUCAUAACCCAGGCUCAUGUUGUUCAAAUCAAGUUACAUUUAAUUUCAAUUUAUUUCUAGCUUGGCCUUUAAUUAACGCCAACUUAGCUGUUAGUGGCUAAUUUCAUUUGAACAACCCGUUUUAUCGUCUGUGGUUUCAGUGAUUCCAUACAGAGACGAUGACUUUUCAAUAGGGGAAAACACGGAAAAGCCUGUCCAUCUAUCGUUCAACAUUCGCCUUGAGUUUGAUCAAAAUAUAUAAGUCGCUCGCCAUUAAAAAAUGUAUGUAUUUUUGGUUUGAUUCAAGACAAAUAUGUGUUCGAAUUUAGAAACUCAACCGGAAGAUCUACAGACGCAGGGCGUUAGGCCUGGUUGCGGAAAAUGGACACCGUCGAUGGAAGCGAACGACUCGGAGGAUGACCGUUUCAACUUAUAAUUAGCUGACUGGAUAUGGCUAAGUGCCCACCUUUUAUAUUCCGAAAGGGAAUACAAGCUAACACGAAUAUGCAGUCAUUUUAUAUCGGGGUUUUCCGAUCCAGGCGGUUGCCGUAGCAACCGCGCCGAACAAUUACGCUUAAUUAUCGGCGAGCAUGCAGAUAGCACAGAAAUGUGUCACGCCCAUUAGCAGUGUUGCGACGAACAGAGAAAUAUUGAUUUAGCGAUGCUAUGGAUGCUAUGAUACAGCUAGCGUGGAAUGAAUUCGUCGCAGCACUUGGCUACAUUCAUUGGCCACAUUUAUUUUAUACAUUUCGAAUCGAUUUCAUGAUUUGAGAAGGUGUGCAUUGCAGGGUUUGACUGUUGUGCUUUUAUGAACAAAAUGGAUCAAUGGAUGUAGCUGGUUCAUAAUUAAUAAAAACUGAGUCAACUUGCAAUUAAUAGUUAUCUGAUAAUAUAAGGUGAGAGUAGAAACCGAGAGCGAGGCAUUACCUCAUUUGACAUUUAUUAUCAUAAUGUCAGUGUAGAGUGUAAUAACAGAGUGUUAUGUAUAGAAACAUUCGUCAAUGAUGGGGGCGCGGGAGAGAGCAGCGUAAGGGGUCAUUGGCUCCGAUGAAGGUGUACCUAUUCGGUACUGCCCGUUGCGAAAAGCCACAACCCACCGUUUUGACAGUGCAGUGUCUCCCUGAUAGGGCCUAGGCUUAUAUACGGAGAGAGGAUUAAUUUUUUGAAGCUGUGAUCCCAUUCUCCUCGGAGUUAUAUCAUGGCUGAUAUCUAUUUCAUGUACAUUCGAGAAGUGCUCUGUGGGCCUUUCAUGGUCGUUCAACCUGAUAUUGCCGUUUUUAUGUUGGAAUAUUCCCAAUUGUGAUACAUAUUGAGGCCUUUCUUGCGCAGACAUGGGAAAUGAGACAUCGUCAGCGCAAAACUCAGCGGAUGUUACGCCGAAUUCUGACUUUGUGGAUUACUUAUCGAACUACUCGAUGGGUUCCCGUAGGUGGUCUUCGGCUUCUGCGUCAAGUAUGCAGAAUUCGCCGGUUACCCCUCCCGAACCUGAUCUCAGUCACCUGAGCCAGGAGGAAAGGGCCCAAAUAGCUGCUGUCAUAGCAAGGGCCAAGGCUCUAGAAAGAGAGGAGGAUGAACGGAUCAGGGAUUUAGAAAACGAUUUCACAGAUUUGACGCACAAGAUUGAAAAGCGGUCGUCUAUGUCCGAUAUCUCGUCAAAGGGUGGCGAUGUCUGUCCUGUUUGUAACGAGGUGGAGGUAAAACAUGGAAUAGAAGGCGGACAGGCGAAUAUCUGUGCAGAUUGUGAGAAAACUGUGUGCAAAGACUGUGGAACAUUUCAGACCAAUGUGCAAUCAAAGCUUCAAGAGUGGCUUUGCAUCAUGUGCCAUAAACGCAGGCAUCUAGUUAUGAGCUCGGGGCACUGGUUUCAUGGGUUUAGACAACGACCUCAUUUUGAGGCUAUAGAGAAUCUAGCCGUUUAUAAUAAGCGCCCACCGUUGGAGAGAACGACGUCGCUUUCUCACUAUGAAGAGUUCAAAGCAGUGGAAGCACGCCGCCAGACUAAGUCAAACCUACACCGCCAGGGGUCUCUGCCGUCAUCUCUGGAUGAUGAGGACCAGUACGUGGUUGACAACCUAUCGUUGGAACAGCUGCGGUUGUCUAGAGAACGCUCAUUGGAUGAUUCUGAAUCAACUCGUUCAUCGACAAAUGAAGAGCGGAUGAGCGUGAAUGGGGAUAGCAAUGGCAGAAGAAGCCGACGGGACAACAUGGAAGCGCAGGAGCGAGAGAAACGGUCAAAGUCCUUUGGAGGUGAGCGUGAAGCAGACUCGGCAAGAGAGAAACAGCAUCGGCCAAAGUCGUUGAGUUUGACACGACAACAUAGUUCUGAGGAACUUAGCCCAGAGCAGCCGCCACCAUUACCAAAACCACGCGGGUCUCGAAGUCCCGAUAAAUCUCGCCAGAGAUCACGUGACCCUAGAUUGCAGGAAGAUCGCCGCGCGAGAGAAGAGCAGGAAUGGCGGACGACACGGGUAGAAAGGGAGGGAGGGAAUGGUGAUAGGCAGUGGCAGAACGAUAGACAGAAUGCUGAGAACGAUAGACGGAGGGAACAACGGGGUGGAGAUGACAGACAUGGGGAUCGAAGGGACCAGAGAGACUAUCGGGAAAAUACGGGUAUUGGUCCGAGGCAGGGGGACUCUAAGGAUUCACAUGAUGGAAGGGGUGAUGUCAGGAAGCGGGAUAGUCAGGGCAGGGACUAUGUUAGCACAAAGGAUACUAAAAACAAUAUGAAUAACAAUUCUAGAGAUGUAAAAGUUGUAUUGCCACCAAACGAUGAAAGGGACCCCUAUGAUGAUGAGGAAGAAGGGUUAAAGCUGACACCAAGACCUUCACCAGUUUCGCCAAAGUCGGAUGACUAUAGUGGGUCAACUAUGCAGGAUUUCAGUGCAGGAUUCAAGCCAGUGUCUUCAAUAGACAUAAACCAGCGUGAAAGACAAUACCUAGGCAUGGAUUCAGAUACUGCUGAUUCAAAUAGUUUAAACGUGGCCGCAUUUGCCGCAAGUAUAUCAAUGAACACGGCGCAGUUGACAAAUCUUAGUGUUUCACCAACAGAAUUUCUGUUGUACCCCGGUGAGCAAGAGCACCAUAUUUCGGCUAUCACGCCUUCCCCUGAGGACAGUCUAGGAUCUCAAGACAGCCUAGAGGAGAUAUCGCCGUACUAUGACGAUUUAGAGGACUUGGAGUUGGCAGACCCAGCUGAUAAGAAUGUUGACUAUCAGGGUACCCGGCGAGGGAAGGCGAUGUGCAAACCACCGGCGACGGACUGGUCGCCAGUCAUUGACCUUUCCCCCAUACAAGAUGUCUCCCCAUCUAUCGAGGAAGCAGAACAGGAGGACAUGUUAGUAGCUCAGAUCGAAGAGCAAGAGCUUCAAGACCAACUUGAGAGUGAACUUCAACCACUCUCUACUUUAAAACGCUACCAAAACUUUGAGGAUAUCUCCCAAUUACAGGAGAGGAUAAAAGAGUAUGAAGAAGUCGAACACUUGGAUUUAGCACAAAUUGAGUCACUGACAGCAAGAGUUGAGAAGGAGAGCAAGAUAUAUGAAGAAGAGGAGAGGUUGAGAAUGACCUUAAACUUGAAUGGUGGAAAGACUCAGAAGGAAAGACAACAGGAAGAACAAGCUAAGCAACAACUGGAGCAGCUACAGCUGCAGGUUCGUCAUCUAACUGAACAACAAAUUAUGCAAACAAAGGUGCUUGAAAGGGGAUCAGAAGAGAAGAAGGAAGAGGAAACGACGAAACUGAAGAGAGAAAAGGAUGGGGGAAAGAAGGAGUCUGUUGUUGAAAAGAAGGAAUCUGGUUCUGGCAGGAAAUGUGGUAUAGAAAACGAGGAACUGGGUGCAGAUAAGAAGGGAGUUUGCAAAGAAAAGAGGCCAGGUGUAGAAAAGAAGGAAUCAACUACAGAAGGGAAGGAAUCUGGUACAGAUAAAGACAACAAAGAUCAAGAACUAACGAAAUAUAAGGAAGAUUUAUCUGAGCCAGAGAAAACUAAGAAAAUUCAUCGGACCCUACCCCAACCUCCCCCACCAGCUAUGUUAAGUAGUGCUAUAUCCACCGCAAAGAAUACUAGCACUGCCUUUUUCAAACAGUUCAGUAGUUAUUUGAGCAGCAAACCGAAAGAAGAAACGAAAGUUGAAAAGGAUAAAGUGGAGGAAAAGGAAAAAGAAACAAAAGAGCAAGGAAAGGAGAACCUAGAAGAAAAGGAGAAGGCGGAAAAUGAGGAGAAAACGAUUGAGGACCAGGUGACGCCGGAUGCCAAGGACCCAAGGGAACGAAAGCAAAAUCCAGAGACGAAGCCAAAGCCGGUGCCUGCUCCGAGAGACAGGGGCCAACCGGUGAUUCAGAUCACCGAUACUGCCUCGGAGGAUGGUGCUAAGAAAUCGGAUGCAGUCAAACCAAAGGAGCCAAAAACGAAACCGUCGCCGUUACACUUGGUGCAUAUGGACAUGCAGGAGGACAAUGCUUCACCUCACUACAGGGUUAUGCGAUCACCCAUCACGCCUGAAAGUGCGCAGCAAAUCAAACGAGAUUACAAGGAUUACGAUAGAGUGGUAGAAGACGAUGAUGGUGGGUACUACUACCCAUCGCCAGUGACCCCUCCAGAUUGUCAACAGUCGCCUCCUAAACCCCAGUCCCCCUCGAUGACGGACGAGUUGGACCCCCGCUGCCUCUCGGCCGGAGGGAGCCGCAGUAGGGGCGGCACCCCGGCACAUUCGACGCCCUCCACGCCAGGAUCCACCUGCUCUAGGGGUACAGACUCGCCUAACAGCCAAGGAGAGAAGAAAAUCCGACGAAAGCUUCCGCCAAUUCCUGCAGGAGUUCAACCAGCAACGGCUAAGAGUAAGGAGAAACAAACAAAACCGGUGCCGAAUUCUCGAGACAAGGCUGGGAUGAUAGCAAGCAGAAAUGGCGGGCCGAAAGCAGGAAAUGCUCCCGAGGUCAGACGGUUACCAAGCCAACCUGGGACGGAGAACGGGAAGAAGGCACGCCCAGUUCCGCCGCCAAAACCGGAUACUAGGUUACGAGCCAUGAGUCAGGAACGUAGGCAGUCAGAGCCAAGUGGGGAAAGCCCACAGCGUGUAGAACGCCCGAGUAGUGCCCCUACCGUCGGAAGAACAAAACCACAAGUGCCCCCAAAACCCAAACCUAAGCCGGCUGGGGUCGUCAAACCCCAGGUACCUCAGAAAUCCACUAGCAGCAAACCACAGGUGCCUCCAAAGCCAACCCGCGGAAUAGUUCGUAAGGACGAAAAACAAGAAAUAGUUGACAUUUACGGCGUUCUUGUACCAAGGAAAUUAAAAGACAAACACGACCAGAUGCGAGAUGAGUUAAUUUUAGUGACGUUUUCGAGGAAGCGUCAAAUUGAGGAGUAUGAGGAAAUAAUGCGGUUAGAAAGACAGUUGGAUGAUAUCCGUGCGCUUGAGGAGUUGCAGAGGGAUGCGCUGCAAGAGAAGCUACGUCGCCACAGGGAGCAGAUGGAGCGGAUGCAACUGGAGGCCGCACGUCAGAUGGAGCAGCAAGCCCUCGAAGCUGCGGCAAGGCGUCGGGCAGCAGUGGCAGCGGCCUCUGCGUCUCUACCACCAGGAACAGCUGUUGCCACGGUUCGGAUGUCACCCCAAGCAUCACCACGACGCGGUCGCCAUAAGAGGCAAAACUCCGACCCAAUUAUGGCCAAGUUUAGCCCAAUUGAGGAGUACAGGGACAUGGAGAAUGACUUUCAGUCUAGAACUGCUGAGGAAGCCUAUGAACUUAGAAAAAGGCUAGAAAUACAGUUAGAAAUGUUGCAAAAAGGAAUUUCCAUUACGAACGCUAGUUUGUCUAAACCAGUCCCUCAGAGACGGUCGCAGUCAGCUAAUAGGGCUAUGACAGGUUCGAGAUCGAAUUCUCAUAUCAGGUCUCAAUCAGCCACUCGAAAUGAGAGGAAUUCGAGGGCAACUGACAGGAAUUCUAGGGGUCAUUAUAUGCCUAUGUCAAAGAUGUCAUCUCGUCUAUCAAAAUCCACUGAGUUUAUUGGUGCAGAUAUUUAUUCAGAUAUGCAAGUUCUAUCCUCUAGCCAAUCUGAACGGUCGUUACAAAAAGCCAUGGAAUCUCAAACUCUUAGUUUUCCCGUGCCUGGUGGUCUUCAGGAAUAUGACAGGUCACCUUCAAGAUAUUCAGAUGAUGGUUAUGUGGACCAAGUGAAGCGUGACCAAUUAGAGGCUGAACUCUUAAAAGCCAAACGUGCCUAUGAAUUUACUGCUGGCCUGUCGGGUGAAGACGUCCAGAGGUAUCCGGAAGCUGCCGAACUCUGGCGAUUAGAAGACGAAGAAAUCCGCAGGCGCUAUUACGAUCCGAGUCCUUCCCAAUCGCCCCACCCUAUGCAAUCAUCAACAGGGAGCUUACCUUUGGGGAUAAUUCGGCCAAUAGACGAUACAGACUUUAGAAGUAGGCGAGACAGGUUUUUACAGAAUACGGACCCUUCUCAAAGUGCUUUUAUGCCUGUGUCUAAAAGUACUAAGCAUGAGAUAUACAGUUCGUCGGAGUACAUCGCCCACAAGGAAGGUACGGCAGCCUAUGCAAUGGGAUUUGACCAAUUUUACUCGGAUCCUCGGGAUCUUUCACCAAAUGCUGCUUUCAAUAUAAGCAGGGACUCGGGAAUAUCUAGCAGUGCCAUAUUGGCGGAUCCACAAAAUCAUAACUCAAACGUGGAAGCUAUAACUGUGACGGAAUAUGCCUCGGACUAUUCGCCGGUACCUAGUUCUACUGAGCCUGACGGAAGUCCGCAGACUGAAUCUACACCAGCCAUGCCGUUACUAGGCGACGUGAAACGAAAAUCUCGUCUCAUGGUUCACGAGAUUAGCCGAAGUAGGCCAACAUCUGGGGACUAUGACAAUUACUACUUCGAGGAAGGUACGAGUAAGCCCGAUGGGUUCCAUGAACUCCAUCGGACGGAAAGUGACCAGAGUUUUGGUGAUUCGGAUGAACCUAUUAUGGAUCAUAUGACUGAAGGAGGUGUCACAAUAUUAAAACGAAAACCCAUCGCUAAAAUACAGCAGCCUGCCCAAAGGAAACCUCAACGCUAUCGAUUCCCGUACAAACGGAUUCUCUUGACGAGGGACCCGAAGGAUAGAUCUGUUAAAGGUAAUGGUCUCGGCAUGAAGAUAGUCGGUGGUAAAUACAUUCCUGGAACUAACAAUGAAAUUGGUGCCUUCGUAGCUGCUGUUUAUCCCGAGGGUGUGGUUGACCAACUGCACGGCGAGUUACAAGAAGGUGACCAAAUUCUCGAGUGGAACGGUAUAGAUCUGUGUGGGAGAACAUAUGAAGAGGUCCAACAAAUCAUAUCACAGCCUAAUGGAGAAAUAGAACUUGUUGUGAAGCCGAGUUCCAUGAGCAUGUCCCACAGCAACAGCAAAACAUCAACGAACUCAACUCUGAAAUCAGAAAGCUGCCAUUCGCUUUACGAUAACAUCGAAUUUACAAGUGAUACUGAUGAAUACGAUUCCUUCGUCGGUUCCCAACAAGGAAUAGAUCCCCAGGUGCUGGCCGCCCAGCUUGAAGGUAUAAAAGAACGCAUGUCCCCUGGAUUGUCGCCAACAGCUCAUCCGAGGCAAAAUCCUCAGCAACAGCACCAGCAACAACAACAGCACCAGCAACAACAGCAGCACCAGCAACAACAGCAGCACCAGCAACAACAACAGCACCAGCAACAACAACAGCAGCAGCAGCAGCAGCAGCAGCAACAACAGCAGCAGCAUCUACAGCAUCAUCCCCAGACCACGCAACAGCAAGCAUUGCCACCCAAUAAAUCCCCUAUCCGUACUAUUUCUGCUGCUGCCAGUCACCAACAAGAGAACCACCUUACAAAGACAAUUUCGCCAGUUAAGGCGGUGGCCGACAAGUAUGUUGGGGAGAUACAGCUCCAGUUCGAUUAUGAUGAUUAUGAUGAGUCAUUCACUGUCCGCGUGAUUAAGGCCCGCGACCUCGUCUCUAGGGAAGAAGGUGCUAUACUUAAUCCAUAUGUUAAGAUGUUUUUGCUACCCGGACGAGGGUCAGACAACCGACGAAAGACCAAGUACAUUCCUGACACGAAUACUCCAGAAUGGCAUCAUACCCUAGUCUUCAUGACCCAACCACGAAAGGAGCUCAAGAAACGGAAUCUCGAGAUCACUGUCUGGAAUUUCAGCCGAACGAAUCCCCAUGAACAUCUAGGAGAAGUGUCAGUCGAUCUGUCAGAUGAUAGUCGACUUGACAACAAGCCAUACUGGUACCGCCUGAAAGAGUUAGUGGAGGGACCAUCCUCUGAUUACUCAUUGUCCAUCUCCGAUUCUCCUAGCAAACGCUCAGACAGUUCCAGAAAGGCCAGCCAAGACCAUUUAAACAAGAAAUCUCCGACAAACAGAAACAACAAUAACCCCCAAGAGCGAGAACCUUCACCACGACCAACCAAAAAUAGAAUGAACGCUAAAUCAGUUGGUUGGAAGCAGUAUUUUGGACUGCCAUCACAAGACAACGAAAUGUUCAACGUUCUAACCCUAGUGCUAAGUGGUGGCUGCUGUGGCAGAAGUGGCCGACUUGCUGCUAUGAACAAAGUUGACCGCCUUAGCCCCAAACCUCGUCGCAAGUCUCAAGGAUACGAAACCGAUGUUUCUAGUCACCAUGCCAAUAAUACAACAGAAGACAGCAACCUUUAUAACAGCAAGCUCCUCCCCCAGUCUACCUCUGAUGUUAAUUCCAGUGACCUUGUUUCUAGUGGCAGCCAAAGUAGUAUUUCUAGAAGUACGAUAUCACAGCCACCUGAUUUUACAGAUUUAAGCACAUCUACCUCAACUACUUCUUUCGAGCGUCUCUGCAGCGUCCAAAACAACUAUCACAUCCCUGUCCAGAAGAGCAGAUCCAGCGGGUACAUUUCCUUAGACCUUCCAGAAGAAAUCCUCAGCCAGACCUCACCUUACGAUAUCCAGCCAAUAAAGGAUAGGGUCGGGCCGGGCCAGUUAUUACUAUCUGAUAUCAUUGAGAAAUACUCAUGUGGAAUAGAAGUCGACGAAAUCUUGAAUGAAGUUGUGACCGGUGAAAUUUUGAUCCACAUCCGGAAAGACCUUUCAAUCAGCACACUUUCCCUUACUGUUGUCCAGUGUAGGAACAUCGAAAUAUCACAGAAGUUGAAAGAUAGCAUCACGGGAGUUUACACGAAAGUAUACCUUAUGUGUGCUGAUGAGAGAAGGGUGAAGUCAAAGAAGCGAAAAACGAAAGUCAAGAAAUUUUGCUUGGAACCUUUCUUCCAGGAAAACUUUCUUUACAAUGGUCUAGCAAAUGGGCAACUUGUUCAGAUCUCAGUAUGGACCGAAGGAAAAUUAUUCAGUGGCAACAGAAACAUUGGCGAAACUCUCAUCUACUUGGAUGACGUCCAUGACACUGACGACAGUGAUAACUAUGACAUCAUUGACACAACAUCAUGGUACAAACUCAUGACGCCGAGCAACGAAACAAAAUUAGCAGUACAAGGAAGCUUCGAAGUAUGACGUCACUGUGACAAUGCAGUACGUUGCUGUGAUGUCAGUACUUUUGUAUCCAAUCAGGUGCCAUUUGUAUCGAACUUGACUGUGAUUUACAUUGUUGCGUUGUUAGUGGUGCAAUGUGUCAUACUAGCCAUGAAAGAAUUUUUAGGGAUCAAUCAGUUACAUUUUGGUUGCAGCUUGUAAUAUGUUAAUAAUGAGCUCGCCUCUAAUCGAUAUUUACAUGAGGUUUGAAUUUUAUUUUGUUGAAAGCUGCUCAGUGGUUAGUCAAAAACGACGAUAAGCCAAACAGCUUACUUUCCGGAUAAAAGAUUGUACUACAAAGUUUCCAACCUUAACGGCUUUUGUCUUGUCAAAGAUGCGCCAAGUUGAAGCAUCCAUCUUGUCUAUGAUACAAUUAAAAAGUAUUUGGAAAAGAACAAGAAAAUUGCAAUCACGUGUAAUACGUUCUGAUCACACGUAUUGUGCUGGAUCGAAAUCUUUAAUGAAAACAAAUAGUUAUCCGAAAGCGAUGGUCAUAAUGAAGUGUAUAAUAAAAUGAACUUUUUUUAAAUGAUGACGAUUCCUCCUUCCUAGACUUUCCUUUCUGGACCUCCUGUUAAUAUCUCCGAACUUGAAUAUACCUCCAGGGGCAACAACCUGAUGGAUUUAUCCCGAGUCCUGAGCUAUUAGCUGAUGUGAGUUUCGCCUUGGAAGUAUUACUUCCUCAAUUACUGUGACUCCAGGAAGGAAUGCUUUACAUAUUUGAUACUUGAUUGACAAAUGUUUUUUUACCGAAUGAUCAUUUCGAUCAUUCAUUUCUUAAAACCAUGAAAAAAAUGUGUCAGUAACUGGGAAGAGAGGAUUCACCUUUGGGUAUACAACAAUGUCAGUUUCUACUCCGAAUACUACUCCUCACAGUGAUGAUAAAAUAUGUCCUUGGCACCCAGAACCAAUUUGUUUGUAUUCUGAUUGUGCAGUGUUAACCGGACAUGAUACGUUGUCAAAAACAUGAAAAUAACCAAAGUAACACUUAAGAAGCAGUGCUUCGAAUUGUCAGUUGUAGUCGAGAUCGUGUAGAACUAACUGACCUUGUUCAAACCACUCUUGCGAUAAUAUAGUGCUUUAGUAUGACCAUCUCCUUUCAAAAAGAUGUGCCGAAAUCAUAAUCAUUUUGAUGUUAGUCAAUAUCUGUUGGCAGGACCAGGGACUGACCCUUAGGCCGUUCCACUUUAUUUCCCUCCUGCGCUAUGUACCAAUUAAAAAUAAAUAUAUUGCAUCUAAAAGAAUACUCAGUCGGGACCAACGUCGUUAUUAUCAUAGGUUGAGGAAUUUUUGAAGGAGAAGAGAAAAAUCUAAUUCACGAUAUGAUAAAUUAAUAACGUUCACCAAGCACAAAAUUCAGAAAAUUUAACAGGGCAUUUGAAGACUGUCAUUAGACGUUAUGUUCAAUACCGUGUAUGCAUUUCGAUAUAAAUCUAUGAUAAUCCCACCGGCCGUGCCUCAAACAUUUUCUUGUCAAACAUUAUAUAACAUAAUGUUGCAGCCGUUAUAGGGUGCAUGAAAUGUAUCUGCUACAUGUGUCUCUUGGACGUUUUAUAUGUUGUGGAGUAAUCGUGCUAUUAACUUGAAGGUUGUGUAAUGCUAAAUUGCACAUUCAGAACCAAUACCGAGAUGUCGCCAAGUACCGAGACGAUAUUUGGUUGCUCGCCUGCAAUGGAAGGAAAUCGUUUGAUCUUCUUCUUCAGUAAGUUCUAAAUGUCCUCUUUGUAAAGGGUUUCCAAAAUUAGUUAUCCAUUUUUUGGUGGAAUGAAAGGUCACAACAUCCCUUUACACAUCACGAGCUGCGCCCAAACUCUGUUCAGUUAAUCAGCUGUCACCAUUUUAUUCGUACAAGUCUAUGAAAAGCGGGUCUACUACCGUAGAUAGAUAUUCAAUGUGAGAAUGUUAUUAUCGCUGUUGUUGACUCGGUGCUCCGAUUUUCUUUCAACUGAUAUGUUUACAGAGGUCGGAUCCUCAACGAGACUUGUCAUACUAAAAAAACUUAUCCCGAUAGGAGACAGAAUUAUUUCGAUGUACGCCUCCUAUUGGUCAUUUUUUCACAGGUGUUUAUAAGUUCGUACUAUUUUUAAGUAAAAGAUGAUAUAUACCAUACAUGAAACAUGUAUGUGUACAUAGUCACACACACCUUGCUUUGAAUUGAAUACAUGGUCUAAAAAUGCGGUUUUUAAAAUCCCAUAUUAGGAUUUGAUAUCAGGCUUAGAAAGGGUAAGAACGAUAUUUUGAACAUGUGUUUCCCAAUUUGGGUUUUUUUGUCUGAAUGCUGGGCUCUUAAUUAUAGUGCAACGACAUUGUAUAUCUCUAUAAGAGGUGAAACUCUUACCAUGUCCAUAAAACUAGUAAUGUUAGUUCAGCAAAACCGACCUGAUAAUUUGUUAAAGUGAUUUUAUCAUGUUAAUUCUGCUAAAAUGGUACGGUGUAGCUGUGAGGAAAACAGUUAAGUCUACCUCCGCUUUGACCUUUUUGCGAUAAUGGGUGUGGUAAAAGUCUUAAUGAGGAUACGUCAAGACCCAAACUAAUCAUUAUUCGGGGUGCGCGCGGACCGGGAUCAGCUCAAGGACUACGUGUUCUGAAUCAUACUCGUCUAAACCAACAUGCUGUUAUACAUAACUAUGGCGAUAAAAUAAACCGUUGAAACCCCCCUCGACGAAAAUCUCUGAUUUACCACAGGAUAUAAAUGAAAUUAUUAUCAAUACAUUUUCUUCAGGUUUUUACUCUGCCCUUCCAAGACUAGCGUAACUUCUGUACAUAUAGAUAGGCUGAAAUUAAAAAUUGAUAUUUUACUGUGAUGAUAAUUCCGUUCUAACUGUAAAUUACUAUUGUUAUUCCUAUGGCAUUCUGUUAACGUGUUUUUUUCACAUUCAUGUAUAUAGAUGUAGUAAAAAGUGUAUAGACUCCUGUGCAGUCGCGGAACUUGACUUAUUGAUGUCGAAGUUCUGUGACUGCCAACACUGGUCGCCAUAUCUGAAGUCUUGGAGUAACUACAUUGAGACUGCAGCUCUAUCCAUUGCAAAGGGCCACGAUGCUGACCUGGUUUACCAAGUAUAUUUGGGACCCAAGACCACGUUUAUUGUCAGGUACCUCAGGUGGCACUGCUAGUAGUAUACGUACACGACAUUGGGAGGAUACUAGUCUUGGACAUUUUUUAGUUGUAACACUGGACCCAAGUAAAACAUACUUGAUGUGUCCGUCCAAAGCACGUUGAGCCUGUGGCUCUAUCCGCCGUAAAGUGUCCUGAUGCUCUCCUUCUGGAACAAGUGCCAUACGCAGGGAUAUCUAUUGCGUCUCAUUCCAAGAGCACAUUCAUUGAGACUGGAGUUCUAACCAUUGCAAAGGGCCCAGAUGUCCCUCAGUGCCAUGCCACUGUUUUAAAUGGGAUUUCAGGAACUUGCAUGCAUCUUUGUUUUUUUCAAUUGCCUAGGUGUCUUACUACAGACGACCUGAAGCAAACGUAGGAAUAGGAAACAAGUUUUAUAGUUGGUUUGCGAGAAUACCUUCUGCCAUUUUGUUACUUCUCAACAGAAUGGCCGUACGUGUUUUCACAAGUCAUCCAUGUCUUGCGCUUGCAUUGUGUAUAUUUUUAAUGAAAGGUGGUGCCAAGAGCGCUUCUUUGUAUCUAGUUCCCCCACCGUUCGGAAAAUCAUAUUAAAAAAUAUUUAUUGCAAAUAGGCUGAUUUAGUUUAGCAAUUUUCAUAAAGUUUUGGUGCCAAUGAUUUUUUAAUUAUUCGAUGUUAUUCCUGAUUCUUACCGAAUUUAUCACUUUUGUAGGUUUUGUGCGAUCACGCGAGCCCGAGACUUGUAUUCCCUCACUUGCGACAUUCAAUAUAUAUUCUCGCCCGUACGAGAUUUAAAAGAUGUUGUGAUUUUGCGGCGUCAUGCCCACCUACUCUGUCAUUGUAGAAACCUUUGAAUGUAAAUUAUUGUUACUGAAGAGUAAAUAAUGCAACAUAACUUAUGUAAAUGUCUUGAUGAUUAUACAGUAUUUUAUUUAUUAAAUAAUUGAAAUUGAUAUA